CUGCUCACAUGCCCAGUGUGUGCCAGUGCAACUCAGUGCCAUCCCACUGCUUGCCUUGCGAAGGAAUUGAAUUCUGCUGCAGCUGGCUUUGCACACAGCAAUCCAGCCUUGCUUGAAUGCAAAGGUCCUGCCGCCCCUCUUCUUGCCCUGUUCACUGAUAGUGUCUGCAGUGCGGAUCACACACACAACAUCCUCGCCAGCCUUGCUGUGCACUUCCCACCAUGCUGCUCCGGCUCAUUCUGCUAUUCUACACGCUCCAAGUUGCAGAUGCAGGACUGUUCCAAUACCCGCCCUUAGUCAGAGCCGAGGUCGGGAGCAGCGUAAACUUGACCUGCGAUAUCGAGGACAUGGGUGGAAAGUGUUUCACUGUCAUCUGGUUCAAACUGCAGUCCAAGGGCAUCCCGACCCUGGAAACUUAUCAAAGUGUCAGAGCCGGUGGCAGCUUGGUAGGCGACGAAAUCGAGAAAACCUGUUCCCUGAACCUAAACAACGCGCAGGUGAACGAUUCCGGGACUUACUAUUGCGCUUUUAUUAGGAGCCCAAUCAUGUACUUGGGCAAUGGAUCCACGUUAAUAGUACGAAGUAAGAAAGAACGCUCCGAUGACCGCGCUUAUAUUGAAAUCCUCACCCCUUCAGAGUCAGACGGCGAAGUCCAGUCCAGCGGCGACGCUACUUUAGUGUGUCUGGUGUUCGGGGUAUCCGAGCAGGCUCGUGUCUACUGGGUCAUAGAAGAAGAUGUCGAAUACGAACCCGACUCCGGGUCCAGAGAUUCCAGCGAGUCCACUCCGGACUUUAUCAGGAAUCAGAUCACCAUUCCGGGCGAGGUCUGGAGCAGCGGGGCCGUGUGGACUUGUGUAGUGGAAACAGAGAGCGGGCGCAAUAUGAGCAAAAGCGCGAGCAAAAGCGUGAGCAAAACCGGGAGCGGUGCGGGUCCACUCUUCCUCUAUGGGUCGCUGGCGGCAGCUUCAUUUCUUCUGAUUACUUUGUUAAUUACACUGGUAUUAUGCUAUCGAAGACAGAAUAAACCAGGUGCGUAUUUGGCAAAUGAACGGGAUGACGUCAGACAAACACCUGUCAGGUCUAAGAAACAAACCACAGGGCAAUAUGAAAACACGGGUUCCGGAAGAAGGCACGGCAGACCAAAGAUAGGAUCAGCGGAGCAGGAUGACGUGCAGUACGCCAGUCUGCAGCUCGAGGCGCGUGGGCGACGGAAAUGAAGACUGGGGCUGGACAGAUUAUUAGAAACACCUGUGCCAUGUAGCACACACUUCUGUGUAACUGCACUGUCCCUCGUAGCACUGAAUACUUUGAUAUGCAAAAAGCAGCACCGCUUUGCACUAUGAUAUAUAUAUAUAUAUAAAUAUAUAUUUGAAUGUAUCCAAUAAAUAUUUUAAUAAUAUCAAAUAAUUAAAUGUAAUAUCUGUAACCCCUGUUUUAAAAAUAAUUGAAAUAUGCAAUACAAAUAAUUAUAUCCUCAUUAAUAUCAUUGUUAAAACAAUUUUAUAAUAUAUUUACAAUGAUUUAUUUUAUAAAAGCUGUUACACAGGGGUGUGCAGCCCUGGUCCUGGAGGUUUCCUGGGUAUCUUAGAAUCAUUAAUGGCUAAAGACCUCGAAAAAUUGACUAAUUAAGAAAAUAAUUGGUUCAAUUCAGUAAUUGAGAACUCGGGUGGAACGAAGACCCUGUGGCUCUCCAGGUCUAGGGCUUAAUCAAACAAGUCAUUUUCUUUAUUUGAACAUUUAGAUUCCAAACAUGAGCCACAGUGUACAGGUUACACACUCAGGUGUGUCUUUCAUAGUAAAACCAGGAAUGGGUUUUGGCACGUGGGUUUUGUUGUCUUUCUAGAAAAAAAUGUGUU